AUGGCUGACGCCGAGGAAGAGGAAGUGCCUUGGGAGGAGCGCCUGCAGCUGAUGAUGGAGUAUAUGGCCGGCUACUUCUUCGACACUCGUCACUUUCAGUUGGUUUCUUCCUCGCUCUCCAGCUGCAGCGACAAGCGCCAUGUCAUCGCAGCCGCAGCACGGCUGCUGUCCGGCUUCGGGGUCCAGACGUCGGCAGAGGAGCAGCGGGAGCUCAUGGCCAUGGAUGAGGAGGAUCAGAUUAGCACGCUGCUUGCCAAGAUCCCGCAGGAUGGCGACGGCCGGUUUCAGGAGUUCUUUGUCCAACUCCAGCAACUGGUGGCUUGCUCUGAGAAGGUGAGAUCCGGCCUGGAAGCCGGUGAUGCUGCAACUGUCGAAGAGGCGCUGGUAGACGCGGUCUCCUUCGGCAUCACGCACGUUGUCUACAGGAUGGCCGCCACGCAGGCCGGCGCAGAGCUGUGCCCUGCCUGA